UACAAAUCUAUUACAUUUAUUGAGAUGUUGAGGCGCGGAGUGACCAAGUCCAAUAAAAUCCUCCAAACAUGCUGUAGGUACAUGGCCACCCGCUCUGAAACAGACAGUUUUGGCCCAAUUGAUGUGCCAGCUGAGAAAUAUUAUGGAGCUCAAACAGCCCGAUCUGCAAUGAACUUCAAAAUAGGAGGCCCAACUGAACGAAUGCCGGUGCCAUUGAUAAGAGCGUUUGGACAACUGAAGCAAGCAUGUGCUAUUGUCAACAUGAAGUAUGGACUCGACAAGACAGUUGGAGACACUAUAGUCAAGGCUACUGAUGAGCUGAUAAAAGGAGAUCUGGAUGACCACUUUCCUCUUGUUAUCUGGCAGACAGGUUCUGGUACUCAGAGCAACAUGAACGUCAACGAGGUCAUCUCUAACCGAUCAAUCGAGAUGUUGGGAGGUGAGAUUGGUAGCAAGACACCAGUGCAUCCUAAUGAUCAUGUCAACAAAGGACAGAGUUCCAAUGAUACCUUCCCCACUGCAAUGCACAUCGCCGUAGCUCAGGAGUGUCACACUUGCCUCCUACCUGGAUUGAAAGUUCUGCACAAGGCACUGAAGGAGAAAGCUGAUGAAUUCGCUGAUAUUAUCAAGAUCGGACGAACGCAUACCCAGGACGCCACUCCCCUUACGCUGGGACAAGAGUUCAGUGGAUAUGUAACUCAGAUGGAGUAUGCUAUUGAUCGUGUCAAUGAUGCUUUACCAAGAGUCUACCAACUCGCUAUUGGCGGCACAGCUGUGGGUACUGGUUUGAACACUUACAAGGGGUAUUCUGAGGACGUAGCGGCUGUUCUGUCUGAGAAGACUAAACUCCCAUUCGUGUCAGCCCCCAACAAGUUUGAAGCUCUUGCUGCUCACGAUGCCAUGGUGGAACUAUCUGGCGCACUGAACACGAUAUCAUGUAGUAUAAUGAAGAUAGCUAACGAUAUCAGAUUCCUGGGGUCAGGACCUCGUUGUGGUCUGGGAGAAUUGUCUCUGCCUGAGAACGAGCCUGGUAGCAGCAUUAUGCCCGGCAAGAUUAAUCCCACACAGUGCGAGGCUAUUACCAUGGUCGCGGCUCAGGUUAUGGGUAACCACGUGGCAGUAACAGUAGGCGGAAGUAACGGACACUUCGAACUCAACGUCUUUAAACCCAUGAUGGUAGCUAACGUUCUCCGCUCAACUCGUCUCCUAGGUGACUCGUGUGUAAGUUUCUCUAAGAACUGUGUGGAAGGUAUUGUGGCUAACAGAGAUACGAUAGAUAGACUUCUUAACGAGUCUCUUAUGCUGGUGACCGCUCUCAACCCUCACAUUGGUUACGAUAACGCCACUAAGAUUGCCAAGAAAGCUCACAAAGACGGCACAACCCUGCUCCAGUCAGCUCUUGCUCUGGAACUGCUCACUGAGGAACAGUUCAAGGAGUGGGUCAGACCCGAAAUUAUGCUCGGACCUAAAUAGAUAUUGGAAGAUAAGAUACGAAGUAGGCUAAAUGUGGGAGAAACAGAUCGAGUCUGAGGAGGUUUUGAUACAGAUAAAGGAAGUGCGAUGGCGGGACUUGUGUGAGAGAAAAAUUGGUUGUGUCAUUUCUCAACAGAGAUCUAAAUUUAGUAACAAAGCCCUCGAGAUAGAAUCAGACGUUCGUCAUCAUGAAGUUUCUUGGAAUGAUUUUUUACAUCGUAAUGGUCGGGUCAGGUUAAAAAUUGCAUAUUUUAUCUCAGUACAUAUUCUUGACACAUAUUAUGAUACAUUUUUCUAGCGCUCCGCUAGUUUGGUUUUAAGCCCUUCCUUUCGUCGUUAUAAAUUAUUGAAUGAGAAUUAGUUUUGUAAAUUUGUUUUGUAAAUAAUUGAGACGUCAUGGAAAACCAGAAAA